CAUCACAUCACUCUCGUGCACUUUUUAAAACACUCACUGUACUUCAUUCCCAUUUUGCACUUUUGCCAGGAAUACCCUUACAAUCAGUACAUUUUACUACCUCUAUCUCGCUCUUGUAACUCCCUCAGGCGCCAUGAAUUGGUUCAAGCAACAAUUGGCCAAUGUGGUUGGCACUGAGGAACCUGAGUAUGGCCCAACCGCCAUAAGAUCCCUCAAUACCCAAAUCGAGAAGACGCCGUAUACCAUUUUAACAAGAGACGAUUUGAAAUGGAAAGCUCUUGGUACCACCAACGUGGAGACAGAGACAUUCUAUUUCCUUUGCGAUGAUGGCACCACCGCGAUGGCCCAGGUCAUCUAUAGCAACGUUGGAGGCCUCCACACUACUGCCCAAUUCAAUUCCAAAAUCUUCAACCACGACGGCCCCGGAAAACAUCUCUGGACCUCCGACCCCCUCAGUGACUACGGUUUCGACGAGAGCCAGACCAACUUUUACGCAGAAAAUGUGGCGAUUGAAUUGAACGAGGCAGGCGAUACCUAUACCAUCAAAUCUGCCGUGAAUGAAGAGAACAUUGUGAAUUUGACUUUGAAGAGAACCGCCCCUGGUUUCCAGGUGGGCGCUGAUGGCACAAGUUACUAUGGAACAGACCUAGAAAAUCCAUGGGCGCACAUGCGUCAUGCCUUUUGGCCACGAGGCGCCGUCAGUGGAACCAUGCAAACCCGCACCAAGACAUACCAAAUUGUCGGAAGCGGCUUUCUCAGUUAUGCUAUCCAGGGUGGAAAGCCACAUCAUCUGGCUGCUCGGUGGAACUUUGUCAACUUUCAGGGACCUUCAUACUCGGCCGUCUUGAUGCAAUACACCACACCUCAAUCCUACGGCAAGACCUCUGUCAGCUUUGGCGGCAUUGCAAAGGACGGUGAAAUCGUUGUCGCGGGCAACACCGAGGUCAAACAUGUCGAGUCAAAACAAGAGUCUGAAUAUGACUGGCCCGAGCCGACCGUCAUUUCAUGGCGAUGGACCGGCGAAAAAGAUGGUAAAGAGGUCGUUGGUUCCAUUGACGGCGAGUUGCCACAGCGGACUGAUCGAGUGGAUGUUCUUGCUCAUCUGCCCGGCUUUGUCAAGUCCUUCAUCAGCGGCGCGACGGGAUUGAAGCCGCAUAUCUUCCAAGUAAGUCACUUCAGCAUGUGGUAAUGCGAUUUUGAAUGCUAUGAUACUGAUCCCUGUGCUAUCUACAGUAUUCCUCCAAAGACACCCUCACCCUCAAGUUAAAGAUUGGUGACGAAGAAGUGUCAGAAACUGGACGGUUGUUUUCAGAAGCGACUUUUAUUUCUUGACACGAGACAUGACGCACGGUAUGAACAUUGUCCUGAAUUGAAUCACAUCCCGCAUAGACUGGACUACUGGUACUGGAUACACUAAGCAUUGGAUAUAUUACCACGAGAGUCCUCAUAAUAAUGUCUAAUUCUCUGAUAUGGAGUUUCUUUUGGCUCUUGGUGCCUGGCCCGAGGGCCUGUUGUUCCAACCUCCCAUGUUUUUCU